GCUUUCAAGUGAUUGGCCCUUCAAGUUUAUUUUUUUAAAGCUAAUGAUGCAUCGUGGAACAAAUCCUUCUGACCCAACAAACCACCUACUUAACACUAGCCUAAUUGCAGGAUAAUUUACAAUGAUCAGUUAACCUACUAACUAAUAUGUCUGUGGAACGUGGGAGGAAUUCAGAGCACCCUGGGGAACCCCAUGCGGAUCAUGGGAGGACGUACUCCUUUCAGACAGUUGAACUUGGAAACAAGCGUAUUGCCUGUGCGAUACUUCAAAGCUGUAGGAGUGCUAUGUUGCUAAAAAGUGCUGUCUUUUAAAAUAACUUUAUUUCCUUCAAUGUCAAUACAAAAGAACCCACAGCACGACUUAGAGAAAGCUAGUUCUUCUCAGUGUCUGGGGAAUACUUAUCUCUCCUGCCAACAUUACUAAAACUAAUUAUUUAUUGAAUGUUAUUGAUCGUCAUUGUGUGCAAAUUGAUUAUAGUGUUGUCUCUACUUUAACUGCACCAAAAGUUCUUUGUAGUUGUGACGCAGUUUGCAGCAUUCUCCAGUUACGACUUCACCUUGUGCUGCUAGAAUGGAGCAUAGUUGUCUCUUGGAAAACGCAUAGUGCGCUACGUAAAGUUAUGGAAGUGCAGGAGCAAGCAAAUUCAUUGGUCAGGUGGCCAAGACUAAUAAAAUACUGCAGCACAACAGGAAAUUACAACUGGCGAGAAGAAUACCAAACACGACACACUAUUGGCUGGAAAGUGCGGAAAAUUGUGGAUUCCUUUUCAAAACGAUUUUUCACUAAAGAGGUUCCUGUUGAUGGCUUUAAAGACGUUGAGGCUUUAGGUGGUCCUUUUCAUUUUAUUGAAGAUGAAUUGUUGUCCAUCCUAAAUGAAGAUGGAAGGAAACACUUGACUGGGAAAUAUUAUUCUCGGAAGAUAUUGUGCUUUCUGCGCCAGCAGAACAUAAUGGAAAAAUUGAAGGAGUUUCUUUCAUCUCCUCCAGAACAACAGAAAUUAAUAGAAGGUGUGGUGCUCAUAGACCAGUACUGCAACCCUUUAGCAGAUACUUCACGGGAGGAUAUCCUGUUGCAGCUGAGCCAUAUAACAGAAGAGGUGAAGAAAGUGCUGAGUUUAAGGAAAUCAUCUCAUCCAAGUUUAACUGCAGAAAGAGAUGGCGUAUUUAUUGACUUAGAGCUUCAAGAGCAAGUUCUGGAGGUUAUGAACUUUGUCUUGUACAAGCAACUGAAAUUCAAAGGGAAUGAGGAUGAUUACUACAAUCCCAUGAAUUCCUACCUACACCAGGUGCUCCGACAAAAAAAAGGAAUUCCCAUCACUCUUUGCGUGAUAUAUUCAACAAUCAGCAAGAGCCUGGGUAUACAACUGGAACCAGUCAGCUUUCCUGGUCACUUUCUCUUACGAUGGUGCCAGAAACCUGAAGGGAGUACUAACAUGUUGGACUAUAUUUAUAUUGAUGCUUUUAACAAUGGGAAACGCUGUACGGCAAAGGAAUGUGAGCACCUGAGUGGUCAGAAAGUUGCAGCUAAUUUUUACUGUUCUGUAACUAUAAAGGAUGUGCUUUUCCGUAUGGUAACAAACCUGUUCCACUUGGGAAAGAGAGAGGACAGUGACCAGUCUUACCAAUUGCUUCGGAAUGCUCUUGAUUUAUAUCUUACCUUGGCUCCUGAUGAUGUUCAAUACUUGAUGCUUCAGGCGAGACUUUACUUUCAUCUGGGGAUCAAUCCAGAAAAGGUAUUGGACAUUCUUCAGCACAUACAGGCAGUGGAUCCCUUACAACAUGGUGUGGUGGGCCACUUGGUUCAGCUAACCAUGGAGCAGAUUGCACGCAAGAACCAAACUGUUGAAGUUCAAGUAAAGCGGCAUACAGACGAGAAGCACAAAGGAAUAGAGUUUUCAGUGGGGCUCAUUAUGAGACACAAAAGGUAUGGAUAUGACUGUGUGAUAUACGGAUGGGAUCCUAAGUGUAUGAUGGGGUUAGGUUGGAUGAGAACAAUGGGAGUUCAUAAUCUGCCACAUGGGCCUGAUCAGCCAUUCUACAAUGUCCUUGUUCAAGACGGUUCGUGUAGAUAUGCUGCGCAAGAAAAUCUUAUUUAUCAUUCAUCACCAAUGGAAAUAAGCCAUCAAGAAGUUGGUCGUUACUUUUCAGAAUUUUGUGGCACGCACUAUGUUGCAAAUGAGGAAUUGCAGAUCCAGUACCCAGAUGACUUAGUGUUAACAUCACAGCUCGUGAUGAAGGUAUAUGACUGUUCCUGAAUGAUCUUCUUUGUUUUGAGAAGAGGUGAAGUGCUACAUUGGGUGUGUCUUUAAUGAGCAGGACAAACCAAGUGAAUUCUACCAAUAUAAACUUGGAAAUCAGCUGUAAGUAUCUCAGGACAUCAUGUGCACUAUAUAUACAUGUAAUUUUAUGCACAUACUGGCUUUGAGAAUCUGUGUAUAUUAAAAAUAUGCAAAUAUAAAUCAGUUUUAUUGCCAAACCUGAGGCAGUUGAUUUGCUAAUAAUAAACUGCAGUAUACCAUUGUGUAAGUUGAACUAUGUUCUAUCAGAAGCUUCCUAAUUUUGGUGUGAAAUCCUGUAAAACAAUAAAAAGCAUUUCUGAUUGUGUUAUUUUGU